AUGGAAACUGCUGCCGAUUUGGCUGACUGGGCCAGUGUGUCAGUUGGUAGUGUCGAGCUCUGCACAAAGCGGACUAUGAUCACCGUCUUAUCUCUUCAUGAUGAGAUGAUCUCACCUCCGACUGACGAGGAAAAGGCAGAGGUGAAGAGAUGGGUCAAAAAACAAGUCUGUGAGGCCUGGGAGAAUGGCUAUCUCCAGGCCAUCAUGGUGAAACAUUCUUUGACAGAAAAUCAAACUACUCUUAACGCCCAGAUUACAACUUUACCCCACAACCUGAAAAUUGUUGACUAUGGCCUCGGACACACAGGUAGCAUCCAUGAUUUGUCAGCUUUUCGUGACACCACCAUUUAUCAAACACCAGAGAAGUUUUUCACUGCGGGUGAAUGGCUGUGGGGCGACUCAGCUUAUCCUGUGUCUCCAACAUGUGUUUCGCCAUUCAAGCGAGUCCCCAACCAGUGCUGUUUCAUUCUUCAUAAUUUCAUCAUCCGCAUGGAAGGCCAGGACCACAAUUCACGCAACAAUAUCAAUAGGGACUGGCAGUUGGAAUUGGAUGAGUUAUUAGCAGAUGGUGUUGAGGAUGUGGGAGAUAACAACGGCAAAAAUAUGCCUGUGAACCUGCCCCGAGACCUCCGUGAAAAAUUGGUAGUUGAUCUGUUCUCUAGCUCUUUGUAUUGUUGUACUUAG